UUUUAUAUGCUGUUUACAAUUUUAUUGUACUACGUAUGAUUCUGGAUACUGAAUAUUCUAAUUACUCUAAUAAACGAAGUGUGCAACAGUACGUAUCAUUUGAAUUAUUAUUUAUCACGAUAUUACCUCGGAAGCACUUACUAUUAAAGGUUACAUAUGAAAUAAGGUCGUAAUCUCUGAUAAUUUUAAGUAAAAAUAUUUAGUACACAAAAUGUCAUCCGGUAAAACUCGUGAAUCAAAAAGAAAUCCAGAUGAUACAAUAAAAAUUUUAAUUGCGACCGAUAUUCAUCUAGGCUUCGAGUAUAACAAAAAAAGAGGUCAACAAACAGAAGAUAGCUUCAUAACAUUCGAGGAAAUUCUUCAGUGUGGUAUAAAUCAGGAUGUUGAUUUUAUUCUUCUCGGUGGAGAUCUAUUUCAUGACACCAAGCCACCACAGACUGUAAUGUUAAAAUGCAUGGAACUAUUAAGGAAAUAUUGUUUAGGUUCCAAGGAGAUUAAAAUUCAGUUCUUAAGUGAUCCAGAAAUUGUAUUUCGCCAUUGUGCCAAUAAAGUUGUAAACUAUGAAGAUCCAAACAUAAAUAUCAGUAUGCCAGUAUUCUCCAUUCAUGGAAAUCAUGAUGAUCCAAGCUUUGGAGCUGUUGGAUCAAUGGAUUUAUUAUCAGUAUCUGGUUUAAUAAAUUAUUUUGGAAAAUGGACAGAUCUUACUAAAAUAACUGUACCUCCUAUAACUAUAAAAAAGGGUGAAACACAUCUUGCACUGUAUGGUCUAAGUUAUAUAAAUGAUCAAAGAUUAUCUAGAUUGUUAAGAGAUUUUAAGCUAGAUAUGUCACGUCCACAAGAGAUACCAGAUUGCUUCAAUAUAUUUGUUAUACAUCAAAAUCGAUCACCGCAUAGUGAACAUGGAUAUAUUUCGCAAAGUAAAUUACCAGAUUUUCUUAAUCUUGUUAUAUGGGGUCAUGAACAUGAAUGUCGUAUUACUCCAGAGCAUAUUCCUGAAACUACAUAUUAUGUUUCACAACCAGGAAGUUCUAUUGCCACUUCUCUGUCUGAAGGUGAAUCAAAACCCAAACAUAUUGGUAUUUUAAGCGUGAACAAGACACAAUUUAAACUACAAAGCGUCAAGCUAGAAACUGUUAGGCCAUUUGUUUUUGACAAUUUAAUUCUUCAAGAUGAGAAUAUACCAAAAAGUUAUACUGAGCAACUCUCUGAAUCUGUAUACAAGUUCGUUGACAAUUACAUUGAGAAUGAACUUAUACCCAAAGCAAGCAUACAACUUUCCGGUCAUCCUAAACAACCUAUUUUGCCUCUGUUACGUUUACGAAUAUUUUAUAGCUCUGAGGAAGAAAUCUUUGAUGCAAAUAAAUUAGCACAGAGAUAUUGUGAUGAGGUUGCCAAUCCUAUGGAUAUGGUUGUAUUUCGCAAACAAAAAGUUGCUAGUAAACAUUCAAAAUUAAGUUCAAAAGAGUUUGGCGAUGAAUUUGAAGAAAUGGCACAAAUUCUCUGUUAUGAGGAUGAAAAAAAUUGGAAUAGAACUGUACAAGGAGGUAUAAAAAAGCAUUUCAGUUUGGAAGAAAAUAAAGAUAAAUUAACGGUAUUAAGUGUUAAUGGGCUAAACGAAGCAUUAAAUCGGUUUGUCGACAUAGGAGAUACAGAUGCUUUUGCAAAUAUUGUAAAUCAUCAGAUAAAGAAAACCAUGGCAUAUUUGGAAACCUGUGAGGUUGAUACUGCUGAAAAUAUUCGUAAUGAAAUUAAAAAUUUUAGAGAUAAACGAAUGGAAGAAGAGCAAGAAGAAACAGCAGAGAUACAAUCACUAUUUAAUAAUAUAAAAGGUAGAACACAAACUAACAUAGACAAAGAUAAUAAUCUCAGUGAUGAUGAAAAUAGAAAUAUGCCUGUAAGCAAAAGAGGUAGAGGGCGUGGAAGAGGAAGAGGUAGUACGAGACAAAAACAAUCCAUUGAUGUGAACCCAAGUAAACAACUACCUGCAAAGAGACAGACAAAAAAACAGGAUCAAAAUGUAUUAGAUGAUUAUGUAUCGUCAUCACGAAAAAAUAAUAAAAAGGAAAUUCUGUUUAUAGAAGACUCUGAUUAAAGCAUAAAUACUUGAAGCUGAUUCUUCAAAAUAGUAAUUGUUACAUUUUAUAUGAAAAUAAAUUAAAUUUUUAUAUACAGGA